GCUGAUCAUCACGGACGGACAAGAUCACGACCAUUAGCUUCGUUUGUGCACUUAUUCUUACAUGAAUGCGUUUUUGUCGUAAUUUACUAGUAGAAUUGUAAAUAGAUACUAAAAGUAUCUCGACGGGAUCGAGUUCAAACCGAGGAAGUAAACAGAAGACAGCCGUAGUCGACUAAAAGACGAGAAGAUGUCUGGAAAGGAAAGGAUCGACAUAUUCCCCUCCAGAAUGGCUCAGACCAUCAUGAAGGCCCGGCUGAAAGGAGCGCAGACCGGCCGCAGCCUGCUCAAGAAGAAAUCCGACGCCCUCUCCAUGCGCUUCCGUCAGAUCCUCCGCAAAAUUAUCGAAACCAAAACCAAGAUGGGAGAGGUGAUGAGAGAGGCGGCUUUCUCUUUGGCGGAGGCCAAAUUUACAGCUGGAGACUUCAGCACAACCGUCAUCCAGAACGUCAACAAAGCCCAGGUGAAGGUGCGAGCCAAAAAGGACAACGUGGCAGGUGUCACCCUCCCUGUUUUUGAACACUACCAAGAAGGCGGAGACAGUUAUGAACUCACCGGUCUGGCCAGGGGAGGAGAGCAGCUGUCCAGGCUGAAGAGGAACUACGCCAGAGCGGUGGAGCUGCUGGUGGAGUUAGCAUCCUUACAGACAUCGUUUGUGACCCUGGAUGAAGCCAUAAAGAUCACCAACCGCCGUGUGAAUGCUAUCGAGCAUGUGAUCAUUCCGAGGAUCGACCGCACUCUCACUUACAUCAUCACAGAGCUGGAUGAGCGAGAAAGAGAGGAGUUCUACAGGCUGAAGAAAAUCCAAGAGAAGAAGAAGCAGCUGAGGGAAAAGACGGAGCUGGAGAUCGCCGCCCGGCUGGCCGCCCUCGGACCCAUCGUCGAGCCCGCCAACAUGCUGAUGGAGGAGACAGACGAGGACCUGCUGUUCGAGUGAAUCCCCCAUCCUCCCACUCCGCCCUGCAGUCCGACACUCAUCAUCAUGCUAUUUAUUCUGUGCCUCUCUGGCUGUGUUUAUGUCUUCUCAGACAAGUGAUGAAAGUAUUUUUUUUUUUUUUGUGUGUGUGUUCACAUCUGUGAUUAUAUGUUCCGCUGUUUUUGUGUUGGAAAAUAUGAGAAUUUUCCAAGCGUGUCUCUGUACAGGAGCCCUAGUGUUGCCCCGCCUCCUCCUCGUCCUCCUCCUAAAAAAAAAAAUCCUUAUCCACCAGAGAGUCCAACAACCGAAGCAAAUAUCAUUAAGUAUGUUUACAUCAGGCAAGAAGCAACUGGACUGGAUCAGCUGUAGAUAUGUUUUGAACCGCUGCAUGCCGUAAGUCUUGUGGUGGUUGAAGGUUUCAGAGUGUCAGACUCUGUGUUGAGCUCCUGACCUCACGUCAGGGUGUUUAUCAUCACACAACGGAUUCUCUGUAAUGUAACACUGUAAAAUGUGCGUGUGUGUGUCUGCGCGAGUCAACAAAGCCAGGCACUUCAUAUAAUUAAAGAUGUUGUAAACAGUC